AUGCCACCCAGUCUUGAGAACUACUCCGGCCACGACUUAGUGGCAAUCCAUACUACUACCCCACUGAUGGUUUGGCCGGAAGCACGUCCGCCGCUCAGCGCCAACUCGCUCGACUAUCUGGACGCCCCUUGGUCUCUACAAUUUGAUCCUGUCACCCAGAAGCUUAUGCAUAUCAUUAGCAGCUCUCUGCGUGCACACAUCACAGAGCAUUGCCGUGAUGUACCAACAUACUACGCCACAGUCGCUAAGGUUGCGGCAAACGGGUGGAGCGAAAACAAGCAUUUACGUGGCACAGCUUUCAGUGACGCCGGCACGUUGUAUGCAAGGACACUCAUUGGUGUUGGUGGCGCGUCCGUCCAGCUGCCGCGCCAAGCGCAGAGUGUGAUAAUACGAGUGGCCUCGGCAAUGCCGGAAACUUCCCCUCCCGAAAGCGGGAACGCGCUUACGCGCAUUGUCGAAUUGCUCGAGCGUGUGCGCACCAACUUGGAUACUGGAGCUGGAUUUGCUGCUGCGCUCGCGGCAGUCGUUGCUGACUGGUCACAAAAUUCUGCUGCAUGCAGAAUUCUUGUGGAGUUUGUCGAGCAGCGCGGUAUCAUCGUCCCGGAUACCGCUCAAUGGGCCAUAGUUGUCGAAACUGCGAGAGUGUCAAAGACUGCACGGCCGGGCGAGAACGAGAAGCAGAGAGACCGUUACGAGACUCUUGCGCUAGUGACUUUGCAUUGGUCAAAGGAGAUUGUGGAACGGUAUGAUAUUGACAAGCUUGGCGACAAAACGUAUCGAGACAUGGCUAGCAUUGCGCGGCGCUUUCCAGACUUCACUCUUGCUGUGCAACGCCUGAAUUGCGCGAUGCUUGAUCGGCACAUUGACCAUUUCAGAAACUUCCGCAACCGCACACAACCAAUUGGCAAGCACGACAAGCGGAGCAAAGUCCAGACGCACCUCAACCCUGUUGAGCCGCGUGAUAUCCAAAUGGUUGCGAGAUGGAUUCGCGACGGCCAGAUCGAGGUCCAGGGGCGUGCAGUGCCGGAUGACGGAAUCGGCGACAUACCAGCGACCAUGCAAGAGAUGAUACAGAACUUCAUCGACCUCACGGACGAAGCGCGGGACAUAUUGUUCCCCGAGAAAGGCAACAAGACCUGCAAGCACGCAGGUGAAGGCCUGCGUUUCAAUAACGAUGGCCUUCUUGUCUCCGACCCAGAAAAACAUCCCAAGAAACGGAGAGCAGUUGAAGAGCUUCCACGGAGAAGAACGAGCAAGCAAACAGCCUAUUCGUCCGUGUCGGAUAACAGCGCCUCGGUCGAUUUUGGCAGGGCAUCAGCCUACUCCUCCAACACGGAAGACGAAACGCAGCACCAGCUCAGCAGCCAGUACGCACUAUCUACCCGCGCAUCACUAGGCAUAGAAAGCCCACUCGGGCAACGGACACUCCCCCCUUCAUCUAGCCAAGAUCAAGGCGACCAUCUAAGCCUUCUGCAACACGAUGGCAUGCAUGGCGUAGGAAUGCGGCAGGUUGAAGAACGUGGCUUGGAACAAGACUCACGCCGUCAAACCGACCCACCAUCACGUAUAAACGGCACGGCGGGCGACAGCACGCCGUCCGGAAACGACACGCAAACGAGCGAUGCCUCUUCCGAUUUAUUUGUGGCCCAGCACACAGAGAUUGAGGCUGAGCAGAUUGAAGCAGCUUUAGAGACGUCUAGCCCAUCAGCUUCUGCAACUUUCUACAAUGCUGCACCGAACGAGGAGCGCGAAGAGACUUCUCCAGCCUCCGACAACGGGACCGAAGUAUCUGGGCGACUGUCGCCUUCGACAGUAUCAUCGGCUCAUUUGACGUCCGAUGGACCGAAGAAUUCGGACACCUCAACCCCUGAGCCGUCGCUGCGCGCGAGCGAUGAUAAUAACAACCUCGCUGUGGACACGCCAGGCACACCUUUCUUCGGAUCCGGUAGCUCGCGUGUAGAAGGUGAAGGCAGUCAAGACCUUACAGCCAUUCGCUGCAGCCCAUUGCUCGGUUGUCUGUCAAGGGAGUCGCCGUCAUUCGUCCCGCCGCCAUUCGCUUCGCCGCAAUUCGCCCCGCCGCCAUUCACUUCGCCGCAGUUCGCUUCGCCGCAGUUCGCCUCGCCGCAAUUCGACCUACCGCCGAUAUCUGGCGCAUCUCUGCUCGACGAAUUGUGGGCACCUCAACCUUUUGACAAUGCUUCGUGCCUUCUGUGCAGUGGACCGUGCGACGUAGCACGCGGACGGCCGCCCAAUUACCUGUCAUUGAAUAAUUUACAUGAGCUACACAUAGAGCUGUCCAGAGCACGGCAGCAGAACCAAGAAAGUCACCGUCUCGUCGACUGGUCCCAACCCUUGCAGUGGGCCUCCGUGGGUGAGAAUGGAGACGUUCUGAUGCACAACCAGAUGGCAUCCUCCUCCUGGAUGACUUUAGUAACCCAACCAACAGUCUUGCAGUCCUCAGAGACGCUUCCCAAAACGAGAUCUCGUGCCAGUUAUGCAAACGAGAGCAAGCAGUGUGUACUAAUACAUCACGAAGGGAAUGCCUGGUGGCACAGCGCCCGUGGCCGGCAUAUCUGCCUGUUUAUGUCGAGCGACUCUCAAUUGCUUGCAACAGUCAUCCCAGAUGGCGCGAUUUUGAUUUUGCCGACGGUGUCGAGCAGUCUCGUCAUGCUGAUCGGUGGGAAUGUUAUAUGGGGUCCACUACUGGAGAGCGACAAUGUAGACUAGUCUGUACAAUGGUGUAGUUUGCAAUGAAACAGACCAAGAUGUAGCAUCAUUCCAUCACUUAGGUAGGCUAUAGUACAGGAAGCCAAGAAAACACUAACCAGAACCUUGCCAAACCUAGCAAGGGACUGGGCGCUUCGAACGC